AUGCCGUCUACUUUCUCCCGCCGUUUCUCCAUGGCGUCCUACUCUACGAACGCCGCAGGUGGCAUUGACGCUGCUGUUAGCGAGAAGGAUACAGAGCUGUACCCAGCACGUCCUCGCCAUCGCAAGGGCAACACUCAGGACCACAUCGACAUGCAACGAAUGGGCAAGCGUCAAGAACUCAACCGCAAAUUCCAGUUCCUCUCUACCGUCGGCUUCGCUUCGUAUGUGCUGGGCACGUAG